AUAUUGGUCGUGACUCAAUUCCUUAAUUCCUUACUACAUAGUAAUUCUGCAUAUAAGGCUUAGGCAUUGUCGGUCACUACCACAUAAGCUAAUAAUGAAAACAUCUCCAUGAACCGCGCACAUCUUGUGAUUACGAAAUUUGCGCCGAGCUUAGAUCGUGCAACUUACUCGAAAAGUCUAACUAAUACCUGGAGAAAGAGAAAUACUGUCGCAAUCUCUGGUAUAUUUGGUGCAUUUGGCACACAACAUUUCCAUAAUUCGACGUCAACUUCACAUUCUAUUCUCGACUACUCGAAUAUUAAAAAAACUCCAGAUAUGGCGACAGCUACAGCCACUACCCUCAAGGGGCAACCCCUCGACCGACCUUCGCUAGAUUCCAUGCUUCGACGACGAAUGUUCUACACCCCUUCCUUCGAGAUUUACGGCGGUGUUGCUGGCCUUUACGACUAUGGUCCUUCUGGCUGCGGUCUCCAGGCUAAUAUCAUCGAUGUAUGGCGAAAACACUUCGUACUCGAGGAGGAUAUGCUGGAGGUUGACUGUUCGGUCUUGACCCCACACGAAGUUCUGAAGACCAGUGGCCACGUGGAUAAAUUUGCCGAUUGGAUGUGUAAAGAUCCCAAGAAUGGCGAGAUCAUUCGCGCCGACCACUUUGUUGAAGAAGUUCUAGAAGCCCGCCUAAAAGGCGACAAGGAAGCCCGCGGUGAAAAGGUUGAGGAGAAGGAGGAAGACCCUAAGAAGAAAAAGCGAAAGGGGAAGGGAACCCACGAGGCAGUUAAGCUAGACGAUGCAGUUGUCAAGGAAUACGAGGAGGUACUAGCCAAGAUCGACAACUACAACGGCGAAGAGCUCGGCGAGUUGAUCAAGAAGUACGAUCUCCGGAAUGCAGCGACUAACGAACAACCCUCUCCACCUGUCGCCUUCAACCUCAUGUUCCAGACGGCUAUUGGUCCUAGCAGCAAUCUUGCUGGAUACCUCAGACCAGAGACUGCUCAGGGCCAGUUCCUCAACUUCUCCAAGUUGCUUGAGUUUAACCAGGGUCAGAUGCCAUUUGCAUCUGCAUCCAUUGGCAGAUCUUACCGAAACGAAAUAUCCCCCCGAGCCGGUCUACUACGUGUGCGCGAAUUCCUAAUGGCCGAAAUCGAGCAUUUCGUGGACCCCAACGGUGGCAAGAAACAUCCUCGAUUUACAGAAGUCAAGGAUACUGAACUAGUGCUAUUAAAUCGCGAGACCCAGUUAGCUGGCCAAACGAAGGUCGAAAAGGUGUCAAUUGGCCAAGCUGUAGCUAAUGGCACCGUAGACAACGAGACGUUGGGUUACUUCUUGGCCCGCAUUCAUCUGUUCCUCAAGAAGAUUGGCGUAGAUCAGUCUAAGAUCCGCUUUAGACAGCAUAUGGCAAACGAGAUGGCCCAUUAUGCUGCUGACUGUUGGGAUGCCGAGCUUUUCACCUCCUAUGGCUGGGUUGAGUGUGUUGGCUGUGCUGACCGUAGUGCUUACGAUCUGAGUGUCCACGCAAAGAGGACUGGCGCACCCCUGAUCGUCCGUGAACAGCUACCAGAACCUCUAGUGGUGGAGGAAUGGCAGGUUGAUGUGCAAAAGAAGAAGUUUGGCCCCCAUUUCAAAAAGGAUGGCAAGACAGUGGAGGCCGCUGUCGAAGCAACCACCCAAACUCAACGAGAGGCUCUCGCAAAGGACUUGAACGAGAAGGGUAGCAUCACCCUCGAGGUACCUGGUGUUGCCGAUGGGAAGGUCGAGAUCUCGAAAGACCUUAUCGCGAUCGAACGCCGAACGAGAACAGAGCACGUCAGGGAGUACACCCCUAACGUCAUCGAGCCAUCUUUUGGCAUCGGUAGAAUAUUAUACGCUCUUAUGGAGCACAACUUCUGGACUCGAGGAAGCGCAGGUGGUGAUGAAGCCCGCGGUGUCCUAUCAUUCCCGCCAACCGUAGCUCCUACGAAGGUGCUCAUUGUCCCAUUAUCAGCCAACGAGAAAUUUAGACCAAUCUGCUACAAGCUUUCGCAAAAGCUUAGAAAGAUGGGCAUUUCCAACCGCAUCGAUGAUUCUUCAGCAACUAUUGGAAAGAGAUACAGCCGUAAUGACGAACUAGGCACGCCGCUUGGCAUUACAGUUGAUUUCCAGACGGUUCAAGAUUCCACUAUCACACUCCGAGAUCGUGACUCGACCAAGCAAGUUCGCGCAGACGAAGACAAGAUCAUCGCUGCAAUUCAGUCUGUAGUUGACGGUAGUAAGCAAUGGAAGGACGUUGAGACUGAAUUACCUAUAUUCGAGGGACAGGAGGUGGAGAUCGCUACUCGCUGAUUCUGGAGAUAGGGAAUCGGUUAAACUCAAGACGGUAAUCAUUGCAAACUGGAGGCCUCAAGCAUAAAGUGUAGGAGGAAGGCUAAUGGGGACUGGAGAGACGUGAAAGAGCUUAUCCCCCAGUUCUCAUUCUCAGAUAGUUUCAAUGGUAGAUCCUGACCACUCCAAGUAUGCCGCCCCAGUAUACCAACGAUCAAGGGACUGAGCAAACAAGACUCCUGGAAGUUGGGGAUAACUUCAAGACAAGCCUUGUGGAUGUAGACAAUUGUGGAAGGAUACUCUUUUCAGAGAUCACGAUACCUCUACGCGAAUUUUCAAUGUGGACAGUUACGCCAUGCUCCUUUUCUUCCUUUUUUCUGUUUUACUGCGUAGCAACACAUUGAAUCAAGUGAUAUUUAUUACUCUGUUCGCAGACGAGUUGAAAGAAGGACUACACCAUCAGGGGUAGGAUUCCAAGUUGCCCCUGUUGGCCCCUGUUGACCUUGUUUGGCCAAUUACAUGCAGCAGACAAAACCG